AUGUAUUUCAGUGUGCGCUUGGCCGGCUCCGAGAUGUGGUGCAGUAAAGACCUGGGUUGGAUCGUUGGCGCUCUCCAGAAAGAACACCAGCGUGCACUGGAUCAGAGGAGGCUCGCAGACUACACUCGCGAGGGUGUUGAGGCAAAAGUGACGGUGAAGGUCGAUUUCAUACUUCCUCAAGGCGAGAAGAAGACCGUGACGGCAGCCACACCCUCCGUCGAGAACACUUCAUACAGUCCGCCAGAGGCAACGAUACGGUUCAUCCAGAAGUCCACAAGCAAGCAGGACUUAAACAAGGCCCACCAGGCCAUAUUGGACUCAACUCUUGCGCUGUACAACAGCAAAUUCAGGGAUGCGUACGACAGAGAAGAGGAGCCAGAGUACUGGCAGAGGGUCAGCAAAGCUGUGCAGAAGCUCAUGGCAAAAGGCAAGGUGCCUGCUGAAGCUUCACAGGUGGAGCAAGAUGAUGUCAUCGACCUCUCCCUGCCAGGGCUCGACGACGAGGAGGGCGAGGACUCAGACCUCACACCUGAGCCGGCCGACAACGUGCUCCAGACACCUCACCAACAGAGACCGGGCAUCACCGGCUCGGCACAGCAGCAGGUGAUGCUGGCGGCAAUGGCUGAACCAGAUCUUGCUACAAAGCCCCGCAAGGAGAAAAAGGCAAAGACCGCGGCCGCCGCCGCCGCGGCCAACGCAGACGCAGAUGCAGAGAUGGAGCCUGCCAAGGCUGAAGGCCCCAAGGCCCAGCCGGCAAGUAAGAAGCGCCGUCUGGUGAAAGCAAAGGAGUUGAAUGGACAGGCACGGGCCACGCGAGCCAACACAUCCUCACAGGCAGCUGCCGAGUCCAGCAUUGCUGAUGAUUAA